AGGCAGGGCGACUCCUGUAGCAACAUGAGCCAUUCGUCAGGGAACCUAAUUAAAGGAUACGUUGUUGUUCCUCCAUGGGCUGUAGUGAUCACCUUGGUUGUGAUGUUCCCUUAAAUAUGGUCUCUUGUGAUACUCGAGUGACAGCCUUGUGACCUUGUUUCUGAGGUGAUUUGCGAGCUGAAAGUAGUGUGUGUUUUUUGGCGUUCAGUUUCGACUGUGUUUCCACGAGUGUGAGACUGACCCACUGACCACUUUUCCGGAUAAAUGUUACUUUCGCACUGUGUCCAGCAGGGACGCCGCUACAGCAGCUCGUUCGCGCUACCACCGUGUGUCAGGUGCAGCGAGGAGAGUUGGAGUUUUGUGGGGGCCGGUGAGCACAACUCUGUGAGUGAGUCUCCAGAAGUCAAGCAGGACCAAAGGAGUGAGGUGCUCUGCUGCACUUGCAAACAGGUGGUGCUUUGAGGGUUCAGGGAAUCAGUGCAGGGCACCCCGAUGGGACGGUUGUUGGAGGAGCCUCACUGAGGGCCGCCCCUGUUGGUGGUCCCCCACCACCGCACCAAGGUGGAGCCGGCGGACGCGCUGCCGUCGUGCGCCGGCGGCAGCAGCACUACCCGAAACGUGCACACCCUCACAGAUCUGAGUAGCAGUAACGGUGCCGAGGUAGAGCUGGUGAGCCUUAUAGAAGAGCAGCUGCCUCGGUACCGAUUGCGAGCAGACACCCUCACCGAAUUCGGAGGUUACGACAAGGAAGACUGGUCUAUAAUUCCGUCGCCGUGUCUUCCCAGCCCUGAGAAUCUGGACUUGCCUCCUGAGCUCAUCCAAGAGACGCUGAAUUAUUUUGUGGUGUCGGGUGAGCGGGUGAGCCAGAUGACACGAACAUACAGUGACCCGGAGGCCCUGACGAGGCUCCUGGAAGAGAAGGAGCGUGACCUGGAGCUGGCGGCCCACAUUGGCCAGGGGCUACUGCACGAGAAGCGCGAGCUGGCCUGUCGCACGGAUGCCCUGGAGGCAGAGCUGCUGCAGGCCCAGGAGUCUCUCACGCAGUUGCGCCAUGAGCUGGCCCUCAAGGCCUCCCUGCUGCAGGUGUACACGGCGCAAGAGGAAGCCGACGCUGCCUUGCCUUUGCCCACUGACGAUGACGAUGUUCCAGUGAGCACCUUAACCCGCAAGAUUCACGAGCUGGAGGAGGAGAACUGCAAGCUCAAGGCAGAGUCGCAGAGCCAGCUUAGCCACCUGGAGGAAGAAGAGAAGAAGGAGCUGCAGCUCAUUCGGGACUGUGUGAAGCAGCUGUCGGAUGUGACGAAAGAGUCCAGCCACCUCCAGGAGGAACUGUGUCGACGAACAGAGGUGAACUUGCGUCAGCAGCAGGAGAUCCUGACCCUGAAUUCACAGCUGAGUGACAUGCAGCGAUAUGCCCACUUGCUUCGUGCGGAGGCUGAGGAGCUGCGGGCGCAGCUGGCCCUGAGCCGUGGCCUGCAGGAGCAGCAGUCGGAAGAGCUCCUGGAGGCCCGUUCCCGCUACCUAGACCUCAAGGAGGCUUUCCUCGAGCUGCAGGUGCAGCUGCGGCACCAGUCCCAGGAUCAGCCUAGUCACAGCACCACAGCCAUCUGGAACCAGUGCGCCAGUCAAUCACUGUCCUUGGCAUGCGAGCUGCAGGCCUGCAUUGCUGACCAAGGAGACCAAGCUCCCACAGGCAGCACAGGAGAUGGGUUUUCCUUGAAGCCAGCGUGCAGCCUUUGGUCUCAGUCUGAGGAGUCUGAAGAGUCGGACUGCAAUGACAGCCAAUACUCUUCUCUUAGCAGCCUGGGCCUGAGCCCUCGCAAGGGUCAAAAGGGUUCCUGUCGUCGACUACCACCGAGUCCUUGGGACGCUCCUCUGGUGCGGCCGUUACGCCUCUCUGACAAGCUGCUCAUGGUCAAGCCUCUGGAAGGUUCAGAGACACUCAAACAGUGGCAGCGGCUGGCAACACCUGGCCUUGGCGACCUUUUUGAAGAUCAAGGGUCGGGAGUGAGGCUAAAGGGUGGCCUUCCAGUACAGCCACCUUUGGAGGCCCCUCACGACUCUCUGGGUGUGGUCGACUUGGCAGGAAAAGCUGCCCCUGGGAUUCCAGAUGGUGUGGCACUUAGGUGCUGGGUGCAACGACCAGGCUGGGAGCCCGAAGCACCCUGGCUGCGGCUGCAGGCCUGCCUCAGCAAGCUGAGUGGCAGCAGUGGCGAAAGUCGGACACCCAGUGUGUUGCUACGAACGCAGCAGCAGCUACAGAAGCAGCAGGUGGGCUCUCGAUUCGUGGCUUCCUUGGCGGGCCGGUAGAAUCUCUCGGUCACAAAAACUAUGCAUAGAGAAAAGAUGUGUAAACUUAAAAGGUUUUUCUUGUCCGACACACUAAUACUUUUCUAUCUUUACAUAUGCAUUGCACUUACAAUAAAUAACAUCCUCUAUACUUUCCUUAGCAUUGUUGUCUGAUACUUAUUAAAAUGUGUCCAACAAAAAAAGGGGCCCUUAACUUCACUCUGUCAUUCAUGGCAGGAGUCUUGUUCUUGCAGACUUGAUGUCUUCAGAUGGUAUGCUAGGGAUGGUCGGUCAGCUUCCAGCUCAUAAUAAAUUCACAAGCUACGAGAUUCAAACAAACAAGCAAUAAAAAAAGUGUUCCACACUUUCUGUAAUGGCUACUGGCAGUGCUGACCGACUCUCCCACAUUUAAAUGCACAUGUGCCGUAUUUACUCGCAUAAUAAAAACACUUGCAUAAUAGGUGCUCCCCCAC